UAGUGAUCAAUAUGUCCACGUGAUCUGUCGUCAGUCGCGACUCGCGUAAUUGCAAAAUGCAAAAUGUCUGAGAAGGAAACGUUUGUGUUACAAUGAAAUCAUAAUAUUUUGUUGUUUUAUUUGUAGUGUUAUAGUUUUAAAAUGCCUGCAUCAAUUGGUGUUAAUUUACGUGUGACUGGCCACUGUAGCCAAGGCGGGAGAAAGUACAUGGAAGACUUGUUUUCCGUUGCUUAUCAACAAACGGAGGAUGAGAGGGAUUUGGAGUACGCUUUCUUCGGGAUUUACGAUGGCCACGGCGGGAGCGAAGCUGCUGCUUUCGCCAAAGAGCAUUUGAUGGACUCAAUAGUGAAGCAAAGACAGUUCUGGUCGGACAAUGAUGAGGACGUUCUCAAAGCAAUUCGAAAUGGUUACAUGUUGACCCAUUUGAACAUGUGGAAAGAAUUAGAGAAAUGGCCAAAAACAGUGACGGGUCUACCCAGCACGGCUGGUACUACAGCAAGCAUUGCGUUCAUAAGGAGAGGCAAAAUAUACAUUGGACAUGUCGGAGACUCUGCCAUUGUACUUGGUUACCAAAAAGAUGGUUGUGAAGAAUGGGCUGCCAAACCUUUAACGUCGGACCAUAAACCAGAAUCAACAGCUGAAAUCGAGCGCAUCCAAAGAUGUGGUGGGAAAGUAGUGUCAAAGGCAGGAGUACCACGAGUAGUAUGGAACAGACCACGGUUAGGCCACAAGGGCCCUAUAAAAAAGAACACGCCUAUGGAUGAAAUACCAUUUUUAGCAGUAGCAAGGUCGUUAGGAGACCUAUGGAGCUAUAAUCCUCAAAAUGAUGAGUUCAUAGUCAGUCCGGACCCUGAUGUGGGUGUUUUGACAAUUGACCCGUCCAAAUUUCGGUGUCUAAUAUUCGGGACAGACGGCUUAUGGAACAUGAUAUCCCCCGAAGGAGCAGUGAGCUUAGUGCAAGCGACGGAACGGCACAAUGAAGCUGCCCUCGUAGGAGGGAACACCAACCAGCCGAGGGACUGGCUCAAUCCAUCCAAAAGUUUAGUCGACCAUGCUCUAGAGAGGUGGUCAAACACAAGAAUGCGCGCCGACAACACGUCCGUGGUCACAUUAAUGCUGGACCCGCCCGGCCCGCCGCGCGCCACCGUGCUGCGCUCGCGCACGCAGAAGCCCGCCGCCCUCCCCGCGCCCGCGCGCCCCCGCCGUCGCCCGCCCCGCAGGCUCUAG